AAAAGAAUGGUGUUUUGAUAGGCUGCAGACAAGUCUGACUUAUCCAUAACAGACGGUGUGAAGAGGCUCCUGCUUGUAAUUAUGGCACUGAGCAGAUGCAGGAAGAGUCUUAGGAAAAUGAUUUAAAGGAUGGAGGCAGGACAGAGAAUAUGAAGUGUGAGUGACAUAAACAGCUCUGUGCAGAAUGGUACGAAGAAGUUCUGGGAUUUUAUGAGAACACAUGACAGUGUGUCAAUCCUGAUCUUUAAUACUUCCCGGCAGUGCUUUGUUGUGGUGAAGCAGUUCCGCCCAGCUGUUUAUAUGUGCGAAGUAGAAAGGCAUCAUCCUCAAGUCUUUCAAAAUCAGGACAAGGAGAAGUUCUCUUGCCUGGAGGAUCCCUUACCUGCUGUGGUUGGAGUGACCUAUGAACUCUGUGCUGGCAUUGUGGACAAACCAGACCUUUCUUUAGAAGAAAUUGCAUGUGAGGAAGUCCUGGAAGAGUGUGGCUAUCACAUUUCCACUGCAGACCUGAGGAGGAUCACUUCUUAUAGGUCUGGCGUUGGUGUGACAGGUUCUAGGCAGACACUGUUUUAUGCAGAAGUAACAGACCAGAUGAGAACCAGUGGAGGAGGUGGCCAGCCCGAGGAAGGAGAGCUGAUUGAAGUUGUGGAAAUACCUUUGGAAGAAUCCAUGAAGUUUGCUUAUGAUGAGACUUUCCCAAAGACGAUGGGUGUCAUCUUCAGCUUCACGUGGUUCCAAAACAACAUAGCACCCAAACUACCAAAAAAGUAAAGCACUGUGAUCUUAAGAAAAGCUUUCCUGCUGGUUCUGUGGAUACAGAAAGCUGCAAAUCUUCCUGCCUCCGUCAACUUUCUUGAAAUAAAUUUGAAAGUAAAAUCUGAAUUAAAAUCCUGACCCAAUCUCCAUUAUUAGCAAAACACUUACUGGCAUCGGUGGGGCCAGGAUUUGCCUUUGAGAGGCAAAUGCUGAUUCUUGUGCAAAGGUUAAGUAAAUGUGUCCAGUUCUCCUUUUUCACAGCACUGUUCUGAAGAGCUGCUCAGGCCCUCAGUGUGGCUGCCACACGAACCUGUCACAGUGGUCUGUACGUGGUGGCAGCUGUGUAUUCACUGCAGUUUUUGAUAUUUUUGGGAGGGAAGCAGCAAACCUGAAUAGUGACAGAUACCCUAACUGUGUUCCUGAGUUCUGCACAGCUUUCAGGGAGCAGUUUUCUCUGCGGAGUGUAGCUCCUGUGCAGAGGAGGAGUUUGCAUUUCUGAACAUGCAAACCUUUAUCACAAGCAAACAUGUCUGUAAAUCCUUCUGCUAUCGUGUCAGUUUGACAAUAGAGCAGCUGUAAGGUUAUGUGCUUCUGUUUGUUCCCACUACAAUGCUGAGCAGCAGUGAUGGUGAUAGAGGGCUGAAGGAUGGGGGCUUCUGCUGGAACACAUGCUCCUUUGUUUGCUUUAUGGGUAAUACUUGAUUAAUUAGAUCAAACUUUGUCCUCUAGACCAGGACUAGAGAGGCCAAAUUCUUUUAAUUUGACUCAGAGGUGAGUACCACAAGUGAUUUCUCUGAGGUCUCAGUUUCCUUAUAACCCAAAUGGGAAGAAUGGGACUUACCCUCAGAUAACAUUUCUUGGAAUCUAAUGAUUGGAAGUGCUUUAUUGUGAUUUUAUCAUGAUUUGUGCAGUUUACAUGGAAGCCUGUGCAACCUGCACAGACGUACUGAGCGACACAAUUUGAUUUAAUGAAGUGGCCUAAUUAGAAUGUAUAUUAGGUCUUCUAUCAGCGUAGUUUAGAUGUGAACUAUUUGUCCUGUGAAACUGUUAUGAGCAUGAAUGAAAGAGAAUUGAGUCUGUCAAUUUAAUUAUGCACUGGUUUAUGUUAUUCACUGAUUUAAUCAACAUGCCUACACUGUAUGUGCCUCCAGGAGUACUGAGGUGCUAAGUGUGUUUAGAAGAUGAGGACUGCAAAUAUGCAAACUUGAACUUAGCACGUGGAAUAAAUGCAGCACAUCAGGUGCCUGAUGGUGUCCAGUGGCUGAUUUUAAAUCACUGCAUGUCUAAAUAGGUGUAUAAAUAAAUAAUGUGGGGUUUUUAAAAAAA